CUCUUGGGAAUCUCUGGAACAAGACUUCACUGACUUCAAGCGACACCUUUGGACCUUGUUCCUUUUUUGAUUUGGGACGACUUAGCAAGAAGACAUGGUGUCUGCCGGCUUUCAGAUGAUGGGCACUGCCCUCUGCAUUAUUGGCUGGAUCGGGGUCAUCAUAGUCUGCGCCCUCCCCAUGUGGAAGGUGACAGCAUUCAUCGGCACUAGCAUCAUCACGGCUCAAACCACCUGGCAGGGCAUCUGGAUGACCUGCGUGGUCCAGAGCACGGGCCAGAUGCAGUGCAAGGUCUACGACUCCAUGCUGGCCCUUACCUCGGACGUCCAGGCCGCCCGCGCCCUCAUGAUCAUCUCCAUCCUGCUCGGCGUCGUAGGCAUCCUUCUCGCCAUCGCGGGGGGAAAGUGCACCAACUGUGUGGAUGAUGAGGCGCUCAAAGCCAAAAUCGGCGUGGCGUCCGGUGUGAUCUUCAUCCUCACCGGCCUUCUGUGCCUCAUCCCUGUGUGCUGGACGGCAAACACCAUCGUUCAGAACUUCUACAACCCGUUGAUAAUGAGCUCUCAGAAGAGGGAGCUGGGAGCUGCGCUCUUCAUCGGCUGGGGGGCCUCAGGCAUCCUCAUCCUGGGUGGAGCACUCCUCUGUGCCAACUGCCCUCCCAAGGAUAAGUACUCCGCCAAGUACUCUGCUACCCGUCCAAACGCGCCCAAGGACUUUGUCUGAGGGAGUAAGAGCCAAAGAGACUGAGGGGGAAGACAUGAGUCAAAUGCUUUGAGGUCCAUGAAAUGGAUUCACGUUGCAUUUCAAUUUCACAGGGAUUUUAUUGUGCUCACAGUUUAGUUUGAUGCUUUCAUAUUGACUUACAGCACUUUAAGAUGUGUCUCAUCAGCGCCAACAGGGGGAGAUGUGCACCACGCCCAAACCAAGUGGACCGAGUGAUACACUGCUUAAUCAGUGGGAGAGAGACAAGUGUAGACAUCUUUGUGUGUACUUGAUCCGCAUUUAACUUGAUUUGAAUUAUUGUUUUUUAAAAUGUUUUUUGUUGUUGUUUUCAUCCAUUAUGUUCCCUUUUACAUAUUUCAUUUCAAACUGUUUAUUAUAUGUGACUGUCUGAAACUGUAAAUAAAGAUUCUUUUUUUUAUCAACACUGA